CAGACUGUGGUGGUUAAUUACACAAUGUCCUGGUCCAGUCGAGAAAUCCAGCUGCUCGGUGCUAUAUAAGAGACAAAAGUGCAUCAGAAAGAAACAUUCUGAGUUCGAAAGAUCACCUGCAGAUUUUGCUGUUUGGAUCAUUCAGUGCUGAAAGUGAACAGGUUGAAACCAAGUGUUUGGAGAGUUAUGAUGGCUUCAUGGACUCUGAUUUCCUCUGUGCUGCUGAUAGCGUGCAUGCUGCUGCAGCAUUGUGCCACUCAAACGAGCUGCAGGGGGCGAUGUGGAGAGCCGUUCUCACGUGGGAAGAUCUGUACCUGCGAUAAUGACUGUCUCACUUACAAUGAAUGCUGCAAGGACUACGAGGAAGUCUGUACCUACCGUGGCUCAUGCAGGGGUCGGUGCCAGGAAGCUUUCAGGAGAGGGAGGGAGUGUGAGUGUGACCCUGACUGCACCCUCUACAACUCUUGCUGUCCUGACUACAACACACACUGUGAUAUGAAUUACAGCGCACCAGAAGUUAGGAUCAACAAAAUGUCAGGAGCUUGUGCUGAUGGCAGUUUCAGAUCAGCACUCCCUCACGGUCAAGACACUCCAGAUGCCAUUGUAGACGGAGGCAGUGUUGUAGAGCUACUGCCACUGACUGAAGAUCUAGCAUCACAUCUUCCUGCUGAUGCUAAUCUUCACCUCACUCUUCCUCCUGCAAUCCCUGUGGAAAACACAGCAGGCCCAGCCCAUGCUGGAGCUUUCUCUCCUGGAGAACCUUUCGCAGAUGUCCAGGUUUCCAUCUCCAUCAGCGGUCAAGCAAGUGAAGUCCCUAAUCAACACUCUGGUGUCUCUGAGCUUCUUGCUGGAAGACCAAGCACACUGACGGACAUAGCACAGGCUCUGGAGGCCGCAAGCACAGCAGGACUGCCACACCAGAACUCUAGCCCUGACCUCUGCAACGGCCUCCCGAUCAACGGUGUCACUUCACCAUUCAAUGGUUCCAUCAUUGUUUUCCAGGGUCAUUUUUUCUGGAUGCUGGACCCCAAGACCAGAGCAGCUGGUCCUGCUCGUAGUAUUACAGCAGACCUGGGCAUUCCCUCGCCCAUCGACACGGCCUUCACCCGCUGCAACUGCGAGGGCAAGACCUACAUUAUCAAGGGUGAUAACUACUGGAGUUUUCAGAAUGGCGUGAUGGAGCCUGGCUACCCCAGAUCUGUGUCUAAAGACUUUGGUGGGCUAUCUGGAAGCAUUGUUGCUGCUCUUUCUGUCCCAGCCACCAGGAACAGGCCUGAAAUGGUUUACUUCUUCAAGAAAGGAGGUAUGGUACAGAAACUCACCUACCCUGCUGGAAGUGGGCCGAUCUGCACUGGGAAAAAAGGAAAGAACCCCAUAUCCGCUAAGAAUCGCCAACCAGUCCGUCUCUCCGGGGAGAUCAACAUUAACCUGAAGUGGAAGGGAUUCCCCACCCCGGUGACCUCCGCUCUCUCCAUGCCCAACCCAAGGAAGCCUGAUGGGUUCGAAUACUACGUUUUCUCCUGGCCUAAAGUCUUCAGCAUUAAGAUCAGCAGUGAUAUUCCUGUUCUGGUGUCUCCUGCGAAGCCGUCUGCUGAGAAUGACGUCAGAACCUGGCUCAGCUGUCCUCAAUAAAUAAACCCGAAGCAAACGCAAACCUGACCUUGUCGUUCAGCAGCAAGCCACCUUUUAUUAGCAAAAAACACUGAACAGCUUUAUUCAUUAUUAGCAAAACAAUGAACAUCAUUCAUAAAAUACAAAAUAGCAAUUUGAAAUCAUAAUUAAGCAAACUGAAGCUAACUACAGAACAUACACAUUUCUAAUAUGUACAAAACCUGUGGUGCACGGAAUUUGUAGCUUUAUUUCUUUAAACAUGUUUGGAUGGAAAUUGGGAAACUUCGCAACUAGUAUUGAGAUGUUAUCAGAACGGCAUGCCUCUGCUGAACCCUCGGCCGCGGCCACCACGAGGAUAGCCUAUACCUACAGGGGAAGGAGAGAAGGAAAAGGAAAUUAGACACAAAAACCCCCAAGAGUCAAAAACGCACUGAAAAUGGCCUUAUUAAUGAUCUUCCAUUAGGGAUCUGACUUAAGUCUGAAUGAUGUCUUGCUGCAUUUUAUUCUGCAUUUAUCCUUUACUUCAUUAAAAUGUUAAAAUUGC